AAACAAAAAUCUUUAAUAAAAAGUGGAGUGUUGUGGAAAACCAAUUUAUCGUUGGAACUAUUUUGUGAAACAUCAAUCAAUAUGGAAAAUUAUAUUUGGCAGAAUUCAAACCCGAUUCAAUGCUAUGUAUCCUUGUUUAUUCCCUCAAAGGAUUCCAACACUUUUAAUGCAUACCACAACGAUCUAUGUAUUAGCAUAAAACACGAAUAUAGACAACAUAUAGGGUCAGAAAGUUGUACCCAUGAUAUUUGCGUGGCAGGUGGCUCUCGGCAGCUGCCUCUUGUGGCAAAUGUCAAAGGCCCAGAUAGUUUACAAGCUAAUUAAAGUCGAGUGUGAGGGAAAUCCGGCGCGAGUGACAAAUAUUUCCUGCCGUUUGAAGGCGAUCAAUUGGAAUCUGGCGGUGGCGAACUUGGACUCUUAUUUGACUGUGACUAUGAUAAAUCCACAUAUUAGAGCACAGAUCUUUAAAAAGGAUUAUAGCAACCAGUUCCAACCAUUCCUAGUUGACGUUAGCUUUGGCCUUUGCGACGUGAUCGCAAAAAAGAGCUAUUUACCCUAUGCCGUCAUGGUUUGGAAGCUGUUAAAACGAUAUUCCAAUAUAAACCACACAUGUCCCUAUUCGGGUCAGUUAAGUGUACAAAAUGCAUAUCUGGAAACUGGUCUACUUCCACCAUUUCCACUUGGUUUCUUCCAAUUCCGUUUUACAUUCUCGGACUCCAAUUCUACCAACAGCGAGAUUGUGGGCAACAUAAAGUUUUACUUUCAAGUCAUGGAGCCAAUAAAAAUCGCCUAA